AUGUCGUAUAACGGGUAUACGGUAGCACCUCUUCCAGCUGUGCUGCAAAUCAAAUCGAAAUUCGACUCGGAAUGGCGACGAUUCUCGAUACCGCUUAAUAAUGGACAAGUCUCAUAUGAGAGUUUUAGAAGGUUUGACAAUUUUUUUGGAUGCGGUUUUGAAUAUAAAAAUAAGAAAAGUUUUCAGCCUUGUCGAAAAAUUGCACCAUCUACAAAGUGUUCAAUUCACAUUGUGCUAUAAUGCGAUAUCUGGUGAUUUGUUGCCGAUAACUAAUGAUGAUGUAAGUGGCCUAGAAAACCUCCUUUUCGCGAGAAUUUUGCUCUAAGAUCGCUGCGAGACCCAGCAUGCGCCUUUAGCUAGAACUCACUUAUUAAUUGAGCUAAAAAUAAUUUUGUAAAAUCUCUGAAAAUAUGAGCAGCUAGGAAAAUAGUAAUAUCAAGAAAUGACCAGAAAUAUAAUUUUUUUUUUAAAUAGAAAAUUGACACUUUCAGUUCACGUGUUCCUAAUAUUUCAUUAAAAUGAAAUUAAUUUCCAGAAUCUUCGAAAAGCGUUCGAAUCAGCUCGGCCAAUUCUGCGACUUUUGAUCCAAAGACGCGGCGAAUCAUGGGAAGAAAAAUAUGGCUACGGAACAGACAGCGACAAAAAAUGGAAAGGAAUCUCCUCGCUAAUAACCACACAAAAACCACCAAAACGUAGCUAUUCAAUCUCGAAUCCCGAAGAUUUUCGACAAGUUUCCGCAAUUAUUGAUGUAGAUAUUGUGCCGGAAGCACAUCGAAGAGUUCGAUUAUGUAAACAUGGACAAGAAAGACCACUGGGUUUCUAUAUACGAGAUGGAACAUCGGUUCGAGUCACUGAAAAGGGUGUUGUGAAAGUGUCGGGAAUAUUUAUAUCACGAUUGGUUGAUGGUGGAUUAGCUGAAUCGACUGGAUUGUUAGGAGUGAAUGAUGAAGUUUUGGAGGUGAAUGGAAUUGAGGUUUUGGGAAAGACGUUGGAUCAGGUGACUGAUAUGAUGGUCGCAAAUGCGCAUAAUUUGAUUAUCACUGGUGAGUGCAAGUUUUGAGGGAGGGGGAUAUCAUAAUUUAUUUUUAAAAUUUAAAAUCGCUUCGGGAAAAUUUCGAGCUUCAAAUUUUAAGAUUUGCUGAAACUCACAACUCGUGAAAUUUCCACCAAAAUGUUAUUUUAAAAAAAACUUGUCAAGAAUUUUUUGUUCAAAAAUUUGUUUUCUGCAAUUUUCGAGAUAUUUUCUAGACAAACUGCUUCUAAAAAUUUAUCGGACUAGAACUUGAAUUUUGACAAUAAAAUUGAAUUUCGGACAAAUUUCGAGCUUCAAAUUUUAAGAUUCGAUAAAAUUCACAACUCGUCUUUUCCUCUAAAUCCCAUUUCAUUUUCAGUAAAACCAGCAAAUCAACGAAAUACACUUUCUCGCGGACCAUCACAAAUCGGAAAUUACAACAAUAAUAUGUCAAGUUCAAACAAUGAUUCAUCAAUACAUCGACCAAUGAAUUCGACAUCAAAUGGAAGUUAUGACGGCAGUUAUCAUCCAAGACAAAAUGAUGAAUCUGAACAUUCCGAAUAA